CAGCACGGCGGCGUAGAUAAGGAGAGAUCAAUCAAUCAGCAACCAAAGAACAUUUCGAAACCCUAAAUCUCCAAUAAAGAGUUCGGAACCUUAACGCCGCCAUGGCUAAGAAGAGAAAGCUCGAAGCGCAACUCACCGCCGAGGCUUCUUCUGAGCCGUCGUCGCAGAAGAAGAUUGCAACCAACAACAAUCAGCUUAAUCAGAAAGAAGUCCAAUACGAGGAAGUAGAGGAAGAGCACGAGGAGGAAGUCGAAGAUGACGACAACGAUGAUGACGAAGAAGAAGAAGAAGAUGACAAUCGUAUGGUGGUGGCGGCGGCGGCGUCGGGAUCUGGGAAUCAUCAAGGAGAUGACGACGACGACGACGAGCCGAUUCAAGAUCUGUUGGAACCGUUUUCGAAGGAACAGCUUCUGAGUCUUCUCAAAGAAGCUGCGGAGAAGCAUCGCGAUGUGGCAAGUCGAAUCCGCGAAGUGGCUGAUGAGGAUCCUGUUCAUAGGAAGAUCUUCGUGCACGGGCUUGGAUGGGAUACUAAAACCGAGACGCUCAUCGAAGCUUUCAAGCAGUACGGAGAGAUCGAAGAUUGCAAGGCUGUGUUUGAUAAGGUCUCGGGGAAAUCUAAAGGAUAUGGAUUUAUUCUGUUUAAGUCUAGAUCAGGUGCUCGUCACGCGCUUAAGCAGCCUCAGAAGAAGAUCGGGAGUCGUAUGACUGCGUGUCAGUUAGCUUCUAAAGGACCAGUCUUUGGAGGAAACAACCCUGUAGCUGCUUCCUCAGGUGCCUCUAUUGCUCCUGCUCAGCAUUCGAACUCCGAGCAUACUCAGAAGAAGAUCUAUGUCAGUAACGUUGGAGCAGAGCUCGAUCCUCAGAAGCUGCUUGCGUUUUUCUCGAAGUUCGGUGAGAUUGAGGAAGGUCCUUUGGGUCUUGAUAAGUAUACGGGGAGACCUAAAGGCUUCUGUCUCUUUGUUUAUAAGUCAGCUGAGAGCGCCAAGAGGGCUUUAGAAGAGCCGCACAAGACCUUCGAGGGCCACGUCUUGCAUUGCCAGAAGGCCAUAGAUGGUCCUAAACCUGGCAAGCAGCAACAGUUUAACAACAAUCCUCGUUUCCCGAGGAAUGAUAACAGUGGUGGUUACGGUACCCCUACUGGUCAUGGACAUCUCAUGGCUGGUAACCAAGCCGGGAUGGGUACUCCAGUUCAAGCGAUGAACCCAGCCUUUGGACAGGCCUUGACAGCUUUGUUAGCAACGCAGGGAGGUUUGGCGUUUAACCCAGCUCUUGGGCAGGCUUUGUUGGGUUCGCUGGGGACAGCUGCAGGUGUAAACCCAGGGGCUGGAGUUGGGAUGCCAACUGGUUAUGGAACUCAACCUAUGACACCUGGGAGUAUUCCUGGGUACGGUGGACAACCUGGGUUGCAAGGUGGAUAUCAGACCCCUCCACCUGGUCAGGGUGGUACAGGAAGAGGGCAACAUGGUGUCGGGCAUUAUCCUUACAUGGGCCAGUAGACGUAUCAUGUAGCAACUCAGUACAGUCAGAUGGUUCGGAGCGAAGACUUAUCCGUCUCUCCUGUCCAGUUUGGAAGCUGAAGCUGCUGCCCUGUACGGGCAUUGACCGUCUCAGAUAGUCUUGGUUUUGGAGAGAUCUGGCUCGGAGAGUGAUUCCAAGGUUUUGUGAUGUAUGCUGUUAAACAUCCAUCAACCACUUGGCCAAGACUACAAAAGCUUCACAAGAGAUACUCGGGAGUUAUGGCAAAACUUUGAAACCUCAUUUUAGGCAUGCUGCUGAUCUUACUGACAGAACAGGACUGCCUUAUUAGGUUGUUGUACCCAUUUUGCUGAGUCCAGUGAAAGAAAGGGAAAGAAACUAAUGUUUGUUCUCAGCUUUGAACGCAGCUAAGGAUUUGUAAUAUACUUCAAAACUGUCUUGAGAGGCAAAUGCAAAAAAGGGGCAAAACUUUUGAGCUGUGUUUCUCCGACAACAUGUGAAGAUGUUUAUUUCCUGCAGUUACGUUUUUGGAGAUCUGUAAUGUGCUACUUCCAGUUCGAGGUUAUGUAAUCAAAUUUAAGUGUAUGGAAGGAUGAAUUAAAAGCCCUAAUUGAUUAGAA